UGCAAUAAACUAUUUCAUCGUGAUUUUGAGACUUGUAAAUGCAAUUUAUUCUUUGUAGAAACUAGUAGUAGAAAUUGCAAACGUGGAGAACCACGUCAAGUAGUUAGUAGGAUUCAUUUCUUAAAUCUGGCAAUUUGUUCAGAUCUGUGUCCUUUUAUCGGUAUUUUGCGUAACAACACAAAACAGAAAUCAGACAGACGGGAGUAAAUGAUAAAAAAAACUUUAAAAAUAUUACCAAAUAGAAGAUCACGUCCUUCGGCACUAGCAGCCCCAUAUAAACCUCCGUGUAUGUACAGUAGGCAGAUGACGUGACUCGGCAGUGUUUUGCGGUGUAGAUUUACCAUUUCUGAAUUCAAACCGCGGAUUGUAAUUAAAUGCAUUUUCUUUAAAAAUAUAACCAUCUGAAACCAGUUGAUUGUGCCACUAAACUAACGAACAGAAACGUCAUUUAUAUAAAAAAGGGUUAUAAUUUGCCCUGGAAGAAUGCAGCAGUAGAGUUUUAAACUUUUUAGGAUUAAAAACUAAAAUUGACGAUUGUGUUUACAUUUGAUCACGCAGAUCUUCUUUUCGUGUUAAAAAGGUGUUAUACAGUAUUUUACACGUGUCUACUAGGCAUUUGGUCGCCGUGCGUCUAUUUGUAGCUCGUUGAUAAGUCUUGAUCAUCUUAAGAUCCCGCACUCACUGCUCCUAAUUAAAGAGCGUUGUUUUAAGGACCGUUUUUUAGGAAAAAAUAUAUUUCAAUGGGAUACGCACACUUCUUGGCACUAGCUGGUUAUCAUAAUGUUCGGAAGGAUGUCCAUUUGAAACUGUUCUGUGCCUUUCCCCCUUUCUGCUGUCCUUGAACGCUAAUUGGAUUAAAGUGGGUGUUUUGUGGCCAUGGCCUCCCGAGAAGACUUUACACUUUGUGAGGAUGAAGUGAGGUCUCGUUACGGCCACUUGGACAGGAUGACCGACCUGGUGGGGGUCUGGGAGGUGGCUCUGAGUGACGGGGUGCACAAGAUCGAGUUCGAGCACGGGACGACAUCGGGGAAACGUGUGGUCUACGUUGAUGGGAAGGAAAUAAUAAGAAGGGAGUGGAUGUUCAAGCUGGUUGGAAAAGAAACGUUCAAUGUUGGGGACACAGAAACAAAAGCCACUAUAAAUAUUGAUGCCGUCAGUGGCUUUGGCUAUGAAUAUACUCUAGAAAUCAAUGGGAAAAGUCUCAAGAAGUUUUUGGAAAACAGAUCGAAGACUACCAAUACGUGGGUGAUUAAUCUUGAUGGUGUGGACUGCAGGAUUGUACUAGAGAAAGACACAAUGGACAUAUGGUGCAAUGGGAAAAAAAUGGAAACUGCAGGAGAGUUUGUCGAAGAUGGCACAGAAACACACUUCACUGUUGGAAACCAUGACUGCUGCAUCAAAGCAGUAAGCAGUGGGAAACGACGAGAGGGAAUAAUCCACUCUCUCAUUGUCGAUGAGAUGGAGAUACCAGAAGCAGUAGAGUAACAGAGAGAACAACCAUCUGGUUUAAACUUUGCAAGCUUAGACAACGAUUCCCUAGAUAAAGGUUUUCCCAAAUAGGGAAGUGACAGAUUCACCAUGCUGACUUGGUGGGUUUGUGAGCUGGUGACAGCAGCAGAAUCAAACCUUAUCCCUAAGAGUUUCUAGCACUGCUCCACACACACAUACUGUACAUAUGCAUACACACAUGGACAUGCUCGAAAGUAUUAGUUCUAUUUCUGGGGUUUUUUGGUAGCCUCACAAACACUAAAGCUAGUAACUGGAGUCUGAUUAAGGCUCAUCAGCGUUCCAUAGCCUUUUCUAAACAAUACUCUUGUUGUGAUUCUGUCUUUUACUUUGCCAACCUGCUCCAGUCUUUAAGGAUAAUGUUACUCAGUAAAUUGUAGCUGGACUCCACUUGAGCAGCAAAACACACCCUUAAAUAGACACAGAUCUUAAUAUGAAGAAAGUAUGAGUGAAAAGGAGCAAGGAUAUUGGGCGAGGCAUUAAAAUGCAAUAAAUGCUUAUGGUUCAAUGUUAUAUUAAAUAAAUAUUAAGAUAAGAUAAAUUGAAUCCACUACCCUUUUCAGUAGCUUUAUAAUUAAAUGUUAAAAAUGGCAUUUAUUUUCUAUUUAUCUUUGUGCCCCAGUAAAUACACCAUUAGGUUUGUUUCUUUUCUGUAGUUCAUUUUAUCCAUAAUCACUUAACUUGUUUGCUUCACAUGGAAAUGUGUGAAAAUUGAUGCCGAAAAGGAAAAGUGUAACUGAGCAUGCUAUAUUUUGCAAUAUAUUACAAUUGUGUAGUUAAUCAGUAAUGUAUGGAAUAUGAAAACUGGUUAACUGUGAUUACUGUUACUGUUUUGUAACAAAAUAUGGUCAUCGUGGAGUCACAAGUACAUCUUAAAAGAGUAUAUAGUGAAAAGAAUACAACUUUUAAUGUAAUGAAAAGCAUGCAAGGUGCCUGCUCAGAUCAUGUGUUGUGCUCUGUGAUCCACACUCAUGCCUGGGGCAUGUCAUCAGCUGGUGGUGACUGGGGUUGCCCUGGCAUUGCACGACUGGGAGGUGCCCCCAAGGUAAGGGUGGGAGUUGUCUGCCAGGGUUCUUGGCUUCUGGCAAACAGUGGGUCCCGUGAUUUGCCAGGAACCAGUAGGCUUUUAAUGAUGUCUGUGAGUUCUGUCUCCUGCAGUAUCAGGUGUUGUACAGUUUGCAUCAUGUCAAAUGACAAAUGACACUCAUGUGUUGGCAGAGCUUAUCUAUUUAUCUUAUUCUGUUCCAAGUGGUUAUUCCAACUUGGAAAGCUCACUCUUGAAACGAAUAUUUCCAAAUUGUGUAGAAGAGAGUUCUGGUAAUUUAUUCCUAUUCAGAUUUAUAACUAAGUCUAUAUAGAAUUUUGAAGUUUAUGCUUGCAAAGUUUAGGACCACUUAAAGAAGAUCUAUGAAUCAGGAUAAUGUGCAAUUGUUUGCAAUAACCAACAAUCAAGAGGAAGUGCACUUUCCUGUAAGUCUUCUGUGUUUUGUUUUCCGUGUUAAAACACUGAUAGGCUUUCAGUGCUCAUGAACUCUGUACAAAAGUCUUUAAUGAAAAUCAUAUUUUUGUUGAGAGCUCAUAGAUACCUAUCUGACACAUGUUUUAUUUAGGUAUCUGUUUGGCCUCAUUUCCAUUUAACUUAUUCUGGUGUGCAGAUUCGGUUGUGCUGUUCACCUCAGAUCCCAAAGGGUGAACCUUUACACUUGUAUAUGCAUACAGAAACAGUCUGUAACAAUGUGGUGACUGUAAUAUGUAUUUGUUUUUUUGUGAAAUCUGUAGCGGUUUGUUAUAAUAAAAAACUAAA